CCUUCUUUCUUUAUGUGUAAAUUCUCUGCAGCGUUAUCAUAAUCUGAGCUGCGAAUCCUGGCCGGAGCUCUGUUUUUUUCAGUUUCGUCUGUUUCAAGAAGCUCAGAUUGGACCUCAAAGGUCAAUAUUCGGUGUUUGAAGCUCCAAUACUUCGCAAAAGUUUUGAUUUUUACCGUCAAAUGCCAUUAAAUGCGCUCUCCUCGACAGUGAUAAAUGCUCGCUCGUCGUCCUGCUCAGAACGCGCAUUUUGCUUUAAUUUUCGUUGAAAUUUCAUUCGGAAUUUGGUUGAUGUUCGAAUUUGUUCAUUACACAGAGUUCUAAAUUUAGCUUCAAUGUCUUAUGAAGCUACUUAAUUUUUAGCCGGAGUUGCUUAGGUUUGAAGCAUUGGUGCCAUUAAACAAAGUUACCCCUUUUUGGUUCACACUGAGAAUGGAAUUGUGAGAAGCUCGGCUCGUUGUUUUGAAUUUUUUGGUUAAGAUUUUGAAUCUCUCGAGCUAGAGUGUUGCAUUUGGUAUGAUCUUGGUGGGUUAACAGACGAGAAGGUNAAGGGACCGGUCUUGGAGGAGAUGAAAAGAUCUUGGUGUUGGUGAGGUUGAGACCUUUGAGCGAAAAGGAGGUUUCAAGGAAUGAAGUUUCAGAUUGGGAAUGCAUCAACGAAAACACCAUUUUGUAUAGGAACAGUCUCCAGGAGCGCUCUGGACUACCAAGUGCUUAUACAUUUGAUAGGGUCUUUAGGGGUGACUGCUUAACAAGCGAAGUGUAUGGAGGAACAAAGGACAUUGCUCUUUCAGUUGUGAAGGGCAUUAACUCAACCAUCUUUGCAUAUGGACAAACCAGCAGCGGAAAGACAUACACCAUGAAUGGAAUAACCGAGUACACAGUGGCCGAUAUUUAUGAUUACAUGCAUAAGCAUGAAGAAAGAGCAUUUGUUUUGAAAUUCUCUGCAAUGGAAAUCUAUAAUGAAGUGGUUAGAGACCUCCUCAGCUCAGAUACUUCCCCUCUAAGACUGCUUGAUGAUCCAGAGAAAGGGACUAUAAUUGAAAAACUCAUAGAAGAAACUUUGAGGGAUUGGAAUCAUCUCAAGGAACUCCUAUCCAUAUGUGAAGCUCAGCGAAAAAUCGGAGAGACGUACUUGAACGAUUCAAGUUCUAGAUCUCACCAAAUUCUUAGACUGACAAUUGAAAGCUCUGCUCGUGAGUUUUAUGGGAAGGGAAACAAAACUACUCUUUCAGCCAGUGUGAAUUUUGUUGAUCUUGCUGGAAGUGAGCGCGCUUCUCAGGCAUUAUCAGUUGGUCAAAGACUUAAAGAGGGCUGCCAUAUAAACCGUAGUUUACUGACUCUGGGAACUGUGAUUCGGAAGCUAAGCAAAGGAAGAAAUGGCCAUGUAAAUUAUAGAGAUUCAAAGUUAACACGUAUUUUGCAACCUGCCUUGGGAGGAAAUGCUAGAACUGCUAUAAUAUGCACCUUAAGCCCCGCAAGGAGCCAUGUCGAGCAAUCUAGGAAUACUCUCUUGUUUGCUUGUUGUGCAAAGGAGGUGUCUACUAAUGCACAAGUCAAUGUAGUAAUGUCUGACAAGGCUUUGGUGAAGCAUUUACAGAAAGAGUUGGCUAGAUUGGAGAGUGAACUGAGAGUUCCAGGGACUUGCUGCGAUCAUGUGGCGUUGCUUAGGAAGAAAGAUAUGCAGAUUGAGAAGUUGGAAAAAGAGGUCAAGGAACGAACGAAAGAACGUGAUCUUGCACUAUCACGUGUUGAGGAUUUGCUGCAAAUGAUAGAAAACUUUCAGGGCUCGAACCAAAAGGUGCAGAGAGAACUUAAUCAUCCUUCUGAAUCUGUGAACGAGAAGACUUUUAAUGAACCCUCAGUUUCUGGUUCAGAGAAUGAACAAAGUUUUCUCUCAUCUGAUCUGAUUCAAAGAGAGGAACAUUCUUUGAGGAGUGAAGAAGAAGUUUCCGAUGAGCAUUGCAAGGAAGUUCACUGUAUUGAAGUGCAUGAUUCUGGCACAAAUAUUACUCCUGACUCUUCUGGUUUGCUCAACAAUGAGAACAUGGAGAGGAUUUCAGUAUCACCAACUAUCACACAUGUCACUAACGCUCUGGAGUUAUCAUCAACCUCUUCUGUGCAAUCAAGUGGUGCCGGAAAUUAUUCCAUCCCGGAAGCCGUAGAAGAGCAGAAAAUGCAAAGCAUGCAUGAAACUGCAGAAUCUGCUGUCAGACCUUUCCCUGAGAGAUCACCUCAGUGGAACAUACUGCACAAUAUGAUAGAUUCCAGAAGCCUGAAGCUAACCAGAAGCAGGAGCUGUAGAGCUAACAUAAUGGGUGGCUCUAUCUCUUCACUAAACUCUGAGGUAGAAGAACCAAGUUGUGAGACUACACCACCCAAUGGGUUGGAGAAAGAUUUUCCUGGGAGACCUCAAGGCUUCCACAGAAAACAUUGGAAACUUCCUCCAAUGAUCUAUGGAGCAGAAAAUCCUAAACUCUCAAGAAACAAUUCCCAGUCUUCCUUUGGUAGUGCUUUCGUAGACGAACUCAACGGUAGGAGCAAUGCACCAGAGGAUGAAGAAAUUCCAAGUGUUGACACUUUCGUGGCUGGUCUCAAGGAGAUGGCUAAAUUUCAUUAUGACAAUCAUCUGGUUGAAGAUGCAGAUUUUAGGGACAAUAAUUCCCAUAGGACUGCGAACGAUGUAGUAGUACUGGAUCCACUUGGGACUCCAAAUUGGCCUUCUGUAUUUGAAAGGUUGCGAAAUUCGAUAAUUGAGCUUUGGCAGAGAUGCAACAUAUCAUUGAUCCACAGGACAUAUUUCUUCUUGCUCUUUAAAGGUGACACGACCGACUCUAUUUAUAUGGAGGUAGAGGUUCGAAGGCUUUCCUAUCUCAAUGGCUCAUUUGCUAAGGGAAAUCCAGCCAUUCAAGGUGCCCAAAGACUCACCCUUGCAUCAAGCCUCAAAUCAGUUCGCCGCGAGCGGGGGAUGCUAAGCAGACUAGUCAAUAAAAGGUAUACGGAGAAUGAAAGGGACGAGCUGUACCAAAAAUGGGGUAUAGCCUUGAACGCGAAACGGAGGAGGCAGAAACUAGCUAACAACUUAUGGUGCAGUGCGGAUUUGAAUCAUGUGAGGGAGAGUGCUGAUGUUGUGGCAAAGCUGAUUGGGUUUGCAGAGCAUGGGGGAGGAGACGCCCCCAAGGAGAUGUUUGGGCUUAGCUUUACGCCGCGGGUGACCAGGAAAUCCUUUGGUUGGAGGAUCAACAGUGUGGCAUCAUCCCUCAUCUGAAUGCCACUCUGGUUAGCCUCUUUCUUAAUAGUUCAUUGAUGGUUGAAUCUGCAUUCUAGCCGGGGGUUUCUUGAAAACAACCUUUCUACUUCUCUACUGUCGAAUAGAGGUAAAGUUUGCGUAAAAACACCAUAUACAUACCUUACUUUCGUGGGACUUUACUGGGUUUGUGGUUAAAAAUGAUUGAAUCUGCAAUGGAUUGGUUGUUUAGAAGUUAGAAUAGCAUGCAUAAUACUUUCUGUAUUUUCAUUCUUGGAACAAUGGUAUUCAACUUUAGGGAUCACCCAGACAAAGUUUACUUUGUUUCCACAAAAAAACCAAUGGUUUUGCCCGCGAGAUGUAACCCUAUUGAACUCCCUACUUUAAUACUUCGUAUCCAAUAACAAAUAUAUCUAGCAAUUUCAUAGACACGGACGCGGUGUGUAUAGAGACAUUACUCGUUUUUGAAGGGGAAGAUACAUUUUUUUUGGAGCAAAUUGAGACAUUUUAUUGAUAUGAUUUUGUACAUUUUGUUGUAAUUAUGAAAGUACCUUGUCCAUAUAUAAAAUCCUAUUUUUUUUUUCAAUUGUCCCAAAAAUGAAGUCCUGUUCCGUUU